AUGAGUUGCUUUCAAGGUACUGCUAGUGCUUUGUCAAUGGCAAACUCCAAGGAAUCAGCAAACAUAAGAAAUUUGAUGUACUCGGGAAAGCAGGCAUUACCAUUAAAGACACCUGUCCGCAGAGGAGGUCAUAGGCGUUUAUCAAGUGACCCCUUUGCGUACAUAGAUGUAGCUAAUGCUUCUAACAUAGAUUAUGCGGCACAGGAUGAGUACAGAUAUAAAAAUGUGAUGUCUAUACCUUCUUGGGGAUCUCAAGACUUUGAUUAUUACAAAGAUGUUAGGCAAACUUCUCUCCAUGCCGAACUGAACAUGACAAAAAAGAAGAACAGGGCUUGGGAUUCAUCUUUAAAUGCCCCAAACUAUCCAAGCGGCCUUUCCUGUGCCAGGGAGAAUGCUGGUCUGCAGAUUCAGGAUCAUCAUUUGCCCCGCGGGAAGCAGAUGGUGUUCAGAGAGUGA